GUUUUUCCCUAUCAUCCUCUAACCACUUGAGCCCGUCUCCUCCCACCUCCAAUUGUCCCCUCCCCUCCCCUUCGUUGCUUGUUCACUGGGAGGCCUGGUAGUCUGCUGUUCUUCCUAUAUCCUUUGACUUUUUCCUUUACCCUUUCGCCUCCUUUUCACCAUGUUCCGGAGUCUUUUGCCGCGGGCGACUCCGCGGGUUGCCCUCCGCUGUGCCGGUCCCAAGGCCGUUCCCUCUACCUUCGUCGCUGCUCCUUCUCUCGCCUCCUUUGGACGCACGCAACGUGGCUAUGCCUCUGAGUCAGGCGAACACGAUCUUGUCAUCAUCGGUGGUGGUGUCGCUGGUUACGUUGCCGCCAUCAAGGCCGGUCAGGAAGGUCUGAAGACCGCAUGUAUCGAGAAGCGUGGCCGUCUGGGCGGUACCUGUCUGAACGUCGGCUGUAUCCCCUCGAAAUCCCUGCUCAACAACUCCCACCUCUACCACCAGAUUCUCCACGACACGAAAAAGCGCGGUAUCGAGGUCGGUGAUGUGAAGCUGAACCUUGAGCAGAUGAUGAAGGCCAAGGACACUUCCGUUGAGGGUCUGACUAAGGGUAUCGAGUUCUUGUUCAAGAAGAACGGUGUCGACUACGUCAAGGGUACCGGUGCUCUCGUUGACCAGAACACCGUCAAGGUUAACCUCCUUGACGGUGGUGAGCAGACCCUGCGCGGAAAGAACAUCCUCAUUGCCACUGGUUCUGAGGCUACUCCUUUCCCCGGCCUCAACAUUGACGAGAAGAGAAUCAUCACCAGCACUGGUGCCCUCUCCCUCAAGGAGGUCCCCAAGAAGAUGAUCGUCAUCGGUGGUGGUAUCAUUGGUCUGGAAAUGGCCUCUGUUUGGUCCCGCCUCGGCUCUGAGGUCACCGUCGUCGAGUUCCUGAACCAGAUCGGCGGUCCCGGCAUGGACGCCGACAUCGCCAAGCAGGCCCAGAAGAUCCUCCAGAAGCAGGGUAUCAAGUUCAAGACCGGCACCAAGGUUACCAAGGGUGACGACAGCGGUGCUACCGUCGCUCUGAGCGUUGAGGCCGCCAAGGGUGGUAAGGAGGAGACCCUCGACGCUGACGUUGUCCUCGUCGCCAUCGGUCGCCGCCCCUACACCGAGGGUCUCAACCUCGAGAGCGUCGGUGUUGAGAAGGACGAGCGCGGCCGUCUUGUCAUCGACCAGGAGUACCGCACCAAGAUCCCCAACAUCCGCGUGAUCGGUGACUGCACUUUCGGACCCAUGCUUGCCCACAAGGCCGAGGAGGAGGCCGUCGCUGCCAUCGAGUACAUCAAGAAGGGCUACGGCCACGUCAACUACGGCUGCAUCCCCAGCGUCAUGUACACCCACCCUGAAGUCGCCUGGGUUGGCCAGAACGAGCAGGAAGUCAAGGCUGCCGGCAUCAAGUACCGUGUCGGUACCUUCCCCUUCAGCGCCAACUCCCGUGCCAAGACCAACCUCGAGACUGAGGGUCAGGUCAAGUUCAUCGCCGAUGCUGAGACCGACCGCAUCCUCGGUGUCCACAUCAUUGGCCCCAACGCCGGUGAGAUGAUCGCCGAGGCCACCCUGGCUGUCGAGUACGGUGCCUCUUGCGAGGACAUUGCUCGCACCUGCCACGCUCACCCUACCCUGGCUGAGGCCUUCAAGGAGGCUGCCAUGGCUACCUACUCCAAGGCCAUCCACUUCUAAGCAGCUCUCCCCCUGUUUUGAUCAUGAAACUAUACACACCCACCCGCACUAUCCUGUACCCUUUUUGCCUCUUGUCUCUUAUCUUAGUCUAGCUCAGCUAGCCACUUCCGUGUAGCAUUGACCUCAUUAUAUUUUCCUAUCGUUGGUUGUGUAUCCAGAUAUAACGAAACAAUAGUACUGCUU